CCCUCCUCGCUCGUCACGCCCACGGCGCGCACCGAUCGAGCCCUGCACUGCGCGCGGACAAAGAGAUCACGAGAGGCAGAACAUAAUCAGUUUGCUCGAGGAAGAGUGAUUAGCUUGCUAGCUAGGCGUUUAGGACGACAUCGAACGGCUCGAUCGAUGGGUCGUCGUCGCGUGGCGGCAGCGGUGGCGCCGCUGCUGAUGCUGCUGCUGCUGCUCCUCUCGCGGUGCUCGGCGGCGUCGCGGCGCGGCGGGAAGGGUUGGGACUGGGAGGAGGAGCAUGAGGGGGAGUGGCGUCCGGAGGAGGAGGAGGAGGGGGGAAAGGGCGGCGGCGGCGGCGGCGAUCACCCCGGCCCCAAGCCGAGGCCAGCGGAGAGGGGGCUGUUCGUGCUGGACCGGGGGGAGAAGGUGGUGGAGUCGGAGGGAGGGCACGUGCGCGUGGUGCGCGGCCGGCCGUGGCCGCCGGCCGCCGUGCCGGACCCGUGGCAGCGCGGCUGGUCGGCGGCCUCCGGGUGCUGCCGGGAGGGGCUCAUGCACAUCGGCUUCAUCACCAUGGAGCCCAAGACGCUGUUCGUGCCGCAGUACGUCGACUCCAACCUCAUCCUCUUCGUGCAGCUAGGGGAGGUGAAGGUGGGAUGGAUGCACAAGGACGAGCUCGUGGAGAAGAACCUCAAGAUGGGCGACGUCCUCCACAUCGACGCCGGCUCGACGUUCUACAUGGUCAACUCCGGCAAGGGCCAGAGGCUGAAGAUCAUCUGCAGCAUCGACGCCUCCGAUAACAUCGGCUUCGGCCCUUAUCAGGCCUUCUUCCUUGGUGGUGGCGGCGGCGGCGGUUCAAGGCACCCGCAGUCGGUGAUCGCCGGCUUUGACCCCAAGACGCUCGUUAUCGCGUUCAACACCACUUUCGAGGAUUUGGAUCAAACAUUACUGGUGGAUACCGGGCGGGGGCCUAUCAUGUACUACACCACGGAGCCCGUGAUGAGCGGCGGCCAAGGCGGCGUGGGAGUCGGAUACAGCGGAGCACGGCGCGGCGCGGCGGCCGGGCAGUGGAGGCCAGUGGGCAGAGGCGAGGAGGAGGAGGAGGAGGAGGAGGAGUUGGUGGUGGACGAAGCGUCGUCGACGUGGUCGUGGACGAAGCUCGUGGGCCGUCUCCUCGGAGUGGUCGGAGGCGGGGCGCCGUCCAACUCCGUGGCCGCGCAGCCGAAGAAGAAGAAGGACAAGACGGUGCGCGCGCCGGAGCCGUACAACCUCUACGAGCAGGGCACCGGCUUCCGCAACGCCUACGGAUCCAGCGUCGCCGUCGACAAGCACGACUACGAGCCCCUCGGCCACUCCGACAUCGGCGUCUAUCUCGUCAACCUCACCGCCGGAUCGAUGAUGGCGCCGCACGUGAACCCGAGGGCGACGGAGUACGGCGUCGUGCUCAGCGGGACGGGCUGCAUCGAGGUCGUGUUCCCGAACGGGUCGAAGGCGAUGAGCGCGACGGUGCGCGCCGGCGACGUGUUCUACAUCCCGCGCUACUUCCCGUUCUGCCAGGUGGCGUCGCGGGGCGGGCCGUUCGUGUUCUUCGGGUUCACGACGUCGGCGCGGCGGAACCACCCUCAGUUCCUCGUCGGCGGCUCCUCCGUGCUCCGCGCCCUGCUCGGGACGGAGCUCGCCGCCGCGUUCGGCGUCCCGGAGAAGGCGAUGAGGAAGCUGGUGCUGGCGCAGAAUGAGGCGGUGAUCCUGCCGUCCUGGCCGGAGAAGAAGAAGAAGAAGAAGUGGGAGGAGGAGCCCGAGGACGAGAGGUGGGAGGAGAAGAAGAAGGCGGCGAAGCAGAGGAAGCCAUGGGUUAUCGAGCAGGUGCCGGCGAAGUAGUAACUAAGCCCGCGUAAGCUAGCUGCUUAACUCUGAUUAAGCAUGUGAGCUAUCUAUCAAUCCAUGCUUAGGUAUGCAGCUGGUUAACUUUGUUUUGCUGUCCAAACUUUUGUAACCAUGGGCGUGUCUGCUCAACUUAUGUUUGCGCUCUUCGUGUUGCUUCGGCGUCGCGUUAAUAAAUAAAGAUGCUUCUGCUUUUA